AUGGUUUACUACUUUACAUCCACGGUUGUCGACCCUCCGGCCUUCGUCUACGUCGGCAAGGACAAAUUCGAGAAUGAGGAGUUGAUCAAGUACGGUUGGGAAGAAGACGUCUGCGCGCACAUCUACCUAAGACUCAAUGAGGGCGACUCGUGGGAGAAUAUACCGCAAGACCUGGUCACGGAUCUCGCGCAGCUCACUAAGGCCAACUCCAUCGAGGGCAACAAGAAGGACAACAUCACCGUUAUCUAUACGCCCUGGUCCAACCUUAAGAAGGAUGGCAGCAUGGCCGUCGGCCAGGUGAGCUUUAAAGACCCCCGCAAGGUCAAGAAGGUCCUCGUCGCCCAGCGGGAGAACGCCAUCAUCAACCGCCUGAACAAGACCAAGGUGGAGAAGCAGCCCGAUCUGCAGCAGGAGAGAGAAGACCAUCGCAGAGAGCUGAGGAAGCGAGAUCAAGCGGCACAGCAACAACGGAGGAAGGAAGAGGCUAGAAUAUUGAAGGAGAGGCAGGAGAAGAAGUGGCAGAAGGACCACGCUUACGACGAACUGUUCACGGAGGAGAAUAUGGAGGCUUCGAGCAACCAGAAUAGGGACGAGAACUGGGAGGAAGACUUUAUGUAA